AAGGCCAAACAAAAAUCCCAAGAUUUGAGAAAUGCUAUGGAGCGAAGCGGGGUAAAUUCAUCAAUUACCGAAAAACAUCUCAGUAACCUCGACGAGCGCAUCAUUGGCGUGAUGACCACAGUGGCAGUGGUCGGUCAAAGAGAAGUUAGUGAGCCACUGAGAAGUUCCGGCGCAGUAACUAGCGUGGAAUUAUUUGACGCCCCUGUGGACCACUUUGAGAUAGAGUUUCUUGAAGGAGGCGAUGAGGAACCGCAAAUGGCACCGGAUAUGGUUCCUCAGGAUCCACUUCCACCACAACGUCGGGCUCCCAAACGCAAAAAUUACUCUUUAGAAGAACGCAGAGUCGUCUUGGCGGAAAGAAAAAUUGCGGCGCUGGAGAAAAGAAACUCUAUAGAAGAGAGAAAGGUCGACGUAUUGUCCAAUAUCUUAAAUGAAUUGGAUUUACUUCUACAAAGGUGAUUGGUCUCGGAGUGAUCGUAGAAAUACAGAUAUUUGAGUUUUACGGUAUGUUGGCAAUGAAUUAUGAACGGUACUCAGACGUUUAUAUUUUGACGUUUAACUGAUUUUUUGAACUUUAAUAUUUCUUUUAUAAAAAUAUAGUAAAUUCAAUAACAUAUACCACAUCUAUCGUUGCUUUAAACUUUGUGCGAAAGUCGCGAAAAAUCAACAAAUUACGAAAAGCUGUGAUCAAAAUUUAAAAGCUUUUAUCAGAAUUUUUAGAAAAUGUUUACGUACGCAGAUAUAUAGCCUUCAAUUUCAGUUCCAUAAAAUGCAAGUUUGAAG